AUGCCUGAUUCACCCGUGGUACUUUCUCAGUAUGAUCCCAAGGGCAAAUAUCUGGCCUAUGUGAGUGUUGCUUUGGAUAAGCACCGGAUUGCUGUGGAGCCAACGUCAUCCUCGAAAGCGGCGGCCGCGACGAAUGACAAUUUCUUGUACUUGGACGACUCGCAACUUCGAGUAACUACAUUGCAAUGGCUCUAUCUUGCAUCUGAAGAAUCACAAGUGGUUGCUCUGGGGCUCAGUAAUGGUGAAAUUUGGCUGUAUGCUCCUGCUGCAAAUCAAGUCGUGUAUAAGUUGCGCACUGGGAGUUCACAUGCAAUUCGGGAUUUUCAAAGUGCCGGAAAGACGGCGUGGUGUUGUGACCAAAGUGACACCUUAUACCAAUUUAGCAUGCUAGACUUCUCGAUUGUGACAAAAUUCAAACUUGAAUCGUGUGUGAACCUUCAUAAACUCUGCAUUGUGGGCGAGAAUCGGCUCCUGGUUGCGUCCCAUUCGAUCUCCCUUCUAGAUCUAUCUGAGAAGGAAGUGAUAAGGACAUUUCCCGGUCACGUAUCUCCUGUUUCCACUUUGGAAAUGCUGACAUCCAAUUACUUUGUCAGUGGUGCAGUUAAUGAUAGAUUCUUGAACGUCUACGACAUAGAAACGGGCACGACAAAAUCCGUGUUGGUAUCACAAUCAAAUAUACUGCACGUAUCUCAUUACAAAGAACAAGCUGUAGUGGUUUCUACGGAAGACGGCACUUUUGAGAUUUUCCCCGAUGCAUUGGUCAACACCAGCAACAAGAGACGGAACGUUCUGUCGAAACAAGCGGCUCAUCUUGUAAAAGUUGUGAGACCUAAAUCCGAAGAGAGUGUUCCAGUAUUGAACGUUUUCAUCAAUGCAACAACUGUCAAUUAUGCUUGGCUGGAAAACGCAGUCAUACCUUACUUUGACCAGCUCCAGUGGCAAACGUUGCCUCCUACACAGGUAAUUGAAAAAGCCCGUCCGAUAGCCUCAUCUAAGUCUGCACAUCGCUCACUGUAUGGCGAGGAUAUAGCAGCCUCCAAAUCCUAUGUCGAAGGAAACGCCACGGUGACGUCCGGUGAUAACUUUAAAUACGUCCAUCAGGCAAUUGCAGAAGUCGAGAGAAAUGAAGAAGAUGCUGAAGAAUCUCUCGCUGAUAAGCUGGCUUCCACUGACAUAACUACUAAACUAGCAGAAUCAAGACGAGCAAAGAAGCGCUCUACAACGGGUACUCUGACGGUUGUAUUGACACAAGCCUUACAAUCCAAUGAUCACUCUCUUUUGGAAACUGUUCUCAACAAUCGUGACGAACGUGUAAUUAAAGGCACAAUCAGUAGACUCCAACCUCCACUGGCGGUUAUUCUACUCGAAAGGCUCGCGGAACGCAUCGCUAGACAGACAAAUCGCCAAGGCCCACUGAACGUGUGGGUCAAAUGGUGCCUGAUUAUCCACGGUGGUUACUUAGCUGGAAUGCCAAACCUGAUUGCAAGUCUAUCGUCACUACACUCCACUCUCAAAAUGCGUUGUGAUCUACUGCCUCGGCUGCUAGUGCUGGAGAGCAAACUAGACCACACGCUUAAUAGACUCGAUUGUUUACGCACCAUUGACUCCUCCAUGCAGGAAUCGCUAAUGGGUCUUGAUCCUGCAGAAGCUGAGGAACUGGAAGAGGAAGUCGAAUACAUCGAGGAGUUGGACGACGCAGGUCUUAUUGACGACGGCGAGCUAGAUUACGACGAUAGUGAUGAGAGCGAAGGUAGUGAUGAGGAGUCAGAAGCCAAAUUGGCCAAUGGCUACUCGGAAGAAAAUUUCGAUGACGAUCCCGAAAUGAGAGUCGAGGUUGAAGAAGGGUACAGUGACGUUGAAGUAGAGUGA